AUGGCCCUUCCUGCUGAAGCGGCCAGCCAGCUGAAGACAUGUGUUCAGGAGUAUGGCUUUGUUGGCGCCUUGAUUGACGCAUAUGUUGUUCAGCCUUCCGGCGACAAGUAUCAGUUUUAUGAAGGAAGGGAAUAUGAUGAAUUCUGGCGAACCGUUCAGGAGCUGGACGUUCCGGUAUAUCUGCAUCCUUCCUUCCCGUCGUUGGAUGAGGUGUUUACUCCUGGGGAACUGUACUCCCAAGAGGAUUCGGUGGCGGCCUCGGCGGGAUUGGCUACGGCAAGCUGGGACUGGCACUCGAGAACGGGACUUUCGUUUCUGAGACUUUAUACUGGGGGCGUCUUUGAGAGAUUUCAAAAACUGAAGAUUGUGCUCGGUCACAUGGGAGAAAUGGUGCCAUUCUAUCUGUGGAGGUCAAACGCGGUGUUGAGCAGAGGCAGGCCGACGUCCUUGAGAGAUGUAUGGAGACACAAUAUAUGGGUGGCGAUCAGUGCCGUGUGGGAUUUGGACGCUAUGAGGAUGGUGCUUGCUGUGACGGAUGUGAGGAGGGUCAUGUAUGCCGUUGACUACCCGUUUGGCAGAAACGCUGAGGGCAAGGCCUUUAUGGAAGAGCUGCGCAAGAGCAAACUGGUGAGCGAGAAGGAAUUCAAGGGCAUUGCGAAUGGAAAUGCCAAGGCGUUGUUGCGCUUGAAGUGA